CAAUUUUAGACAUUUCCUGAUUUCAAAAUAUUGUAUAAUAUCUUCUUUUCUCUUGAGUUUAAAUGAAAAUGAAAAAUAUUAAUCUCUUUCGCUUUGGAGUAGUGUAUACAUUUUUCUCCGUGUUUUCACUUAUUUCAUGUGUACCAACUUGCCCACCAUACACGAUCAACGUCGGCAUCAAUUCUACAGCAGGUACGACUUUAAAGACGAUAGCGUGUAAUACACUAACCGGGACUGUAGCGUAUUCCAUCGACACAAGUUCAGAUGGUUAUUCAUACUUUGCAAUUGAUUCAUCCUCUGGGAUUCUGUCACUAGCAAAUUUGUUGGACGUAGAAUAUGGACCAAGAACAUGGACAGUAAAUGUUAUGGCAACGGACGAUACCGGAACAACUACAACAGUAGUGACGGUAAAUACUUAUAUAUCAACUACGACGACGACAUCAACACAGCCUCCGCCGGGAUAUGACUGGUUUGACGAGGCACAUAAUAAAUACCUAUUCUGGUCUGUUAUGGGUUUCGCAGCGGCUAUGACAG